AUGGCCGUCUUGAACUUUUUCAAGAGAUCAAUUUUUAUGACUGCUGCGGAGAAUAUUUGCCACCGGAUAAAGCAGCGAGCGUUUCAGAUAAUCCUGGCACAAGAAAUCGAGUGGUUUGAAGAGAACAAGCCAAAGACUCUAUCAACAACAAUUUUUGAAUCCACCGAAAAGCUAAGCUACAAUUUUGGGGUGACCCUGGCAUUCAUCAUUAAACACAUCGCUCAAAUCAUUGCCGGUUUCUAUGUGGCGUUUCAUUUGAACACACAAAUCGCCGGGUAUAUGUUGAUCGGUUGUGGCAUCACGUCAACAGCCGCUUAUUUUAUUGACAAGCUAUCCGAAUCCGUCGAUGAGGAGACUUACCAAAAAGCGGCUAGGGUUUUCGAUCAGGCUCUUGGCUCAAUCAAAACGGUUCAGGCGCACAAUGGCGAGAAAUACGAAUUGGAAAGAUUCAAAGAGGCGGUUGAGUACAACGCGAAAUGCGAUGUUGGUCACGCCGUUCAAUCUGCGACUCUAUCUUUUGCAUCACUGAUCGGCGAUGUGAUGUCCUUCCGCAAAUCACUCGUCGAAUCACAAGGACUCAUGAAGAUUCUGGAAUUGGACUCAACUACUACCUCGACUACGGAAAAAGGGAACACUCAAGAGCUCCAUUCAUUGGAUCGACCGGCCCGAAUCACUUUUGAUAAUGUCUGCUUUUCCUAUGCUAAACGUUUAGAGAUCAAUGUUCUGAAGAAAGUUUCAUUUUCUUGUGAUCCUGGCCAAACGGUGGCCAUCGUCGGCUCAUCUGGAGCCGGAAAGUCAACUAUUGUGAAGUUGUUGCAGAAAUUCUAUGAACCGACCUCAGGAAAAAUUUCAAUCAAUGGAAAUUCAAUUAAAGAGCUGGAAAAGAGAGAGUUGAGAGAUAUGUUCGGAGUGGUCGGACAGGAGCCGGCUCUCUUCAACACAAGCAUUCUUGAGAAUGUCCGCUUUGGAAAAGAGUCAGCCACGGAAGUUGAGGUCACGCUGGCACUUCAAAAGGCGAAUGCGCUCGAUUUUGUGAAAAGUCUUCCAAAGGGUUGGAGCACAAAAGUCGGUGAUCGAGGCUGUCAGCUGUCGGGUGGGCAAAAGCAACGAAUCGCUAUUGCAAGAGCCAUCAUCAAAAACCCAAAAAUUCUUCUCCUUGAUGAGGCGACAAGUGCCCUGGAUGGAGAAUCAGAAAAAGAAGUGUUAAAAGCGCUUGAAAAGGCUUCAAAAGGGAGAACAACAAUUGUGGUUGCACAUCGACUCUCAACCAUUAGAAAAGCCGAUAAAAUUGUUGUGUUGAGCAAGGGAGAAGUGGUCGAAGUGGGGUCGCAUGAAGAGUUGAUGGCCUUGGAAGGGCAUUACUCCAAACUCGUGCGGACUCAGACGAAUCAAUUUUCCGUUUCGAAACGUCGAUCCACCGAGGAGUUCUCUGAUCACGAUUUCGAAGAUGAUGAGGAGAUCAUUUUCUCUGAAGAAGAUGAAGAAGAGAAAGAAGAUGAUAUGACUCGAUUGAAAAGGGAAUGCGAAGAAGAAUCGGUCUCCAAUGCUAGCUUUUGGGAGAUUCUCAAACAAGUGCAAGCUGACAAGUGGCUGUUCAUUGUGGGAGUGAUCACGUGUGUCUAUGAGGGUCUCUCGAUGCCGAUCAAUCGUUGGAUCGAAACGAACGCACUUGAGUCCUUUUCCUCAUUGGACCCGAAAGCACAACUCGAGAAUGGACACUGGGCUGCACUUUUAAUGCUUUUGUUGAUCAUUCCCGAUAUGAUAUGCUCAUUGUUGAAGCAAUACACAUUCGAGAAAACGGCCGUCGGAGUCUCGACUCGGCUUCGGAUUAAGCUAUUUUCAAACCUUUUGAUGCAAAAUGCUCCCUAUUUCGAUAAUCCGAAGCACUCAACGGGAAAACUGGCAACAAGAAUGGCAUCAGACGCCUUUUUGACGAGACAGGUGGUAAGCAUGCGUCUGAGCUACUUGAUUCGUGGCUUGAUCGGGUUGAUCGUUGGAUUGCUCUGCGGUUUCUACUAUUGUUAUCCAUUGGCGUUAGUUACCCUCCCAACGAUUCCUUUCAUCGCUUUUCUCUGGAGCAUUUGGGACCUCAUCGAACCCGAGUCGCAAGUUGACAAAAAGUUGAUCGAAGAAUGUGGAAGGCUCAUGUCAGAGAGCAUUGAAAACAUAAUCGUCGUUCAAUCUUUGAAUCUUGAAGGGAGGAUGCAUCAGCGAUAUUGUGGUCUCCUCCAAAAACCCCAUCAGAACAAUAGCCGAAAAGUGUUUUGGAGUGGUGUCGUGAACGGCCUCUCUGAGGCCACCUAUGCGGUCACUCUUGCCGUCGAGUACUAUUUGGCCGGAUGGUAUCUGAAAGAUAACUCUUAUAAACCGUUCGAUAUAUUCAGAGCUAUGGUGAUAAUGCAUUCUGUCGGGGAAUCACUCGGCUAUAUUCUCAGCUACUUUCCUGAGUAUCGAAAAUCACGCCUGGCUGCUGGGCUUUUCUUCAAACAUUUGAAAGAUACGGAAGUGAAAGAAGAGCGAUCGGAAAAUACGGCAAAAUUCGGUGAGGUCCGCUUUGAAGGCGUCCAUUUCACCUAUCCACAACGAGCCGAAGUGGAGAUUUUGAGAGGCCUCUCCUUCACCGUGGAACCCGGUCAGAAAGUCGCGCUUGUCGGUGGAUCGGGUUGCGGGAAAAGUACAGUAACCUCUCUGUUACAACGAUUCUACAAGUUAAAUGAUGGACAAAUUACCCUAAAUGGAGUUGAACUCUCGAAAAUUCUCCGAAAAGAACUCCGAUCGAAAAUCGGUUUGGUUUCACAAGAACCAGUGCUAUUCGAUGAGACGAUUCAAAAUAAUAUCACUUACGGAAUUCCGCCAGAACUUAUUUCAAAAGAGAAAGUGAUCGAAGCGGCAAAAUCGGCAAAUAUUCACUCGUUUAUUGAAUCGCUUCCAGAUGGAUAUGAGACGAUUGCUGGGGAGAAAGGCGCACAACUAUCCGGAGGACAAAAACAACGAGUCGCCAUUGCACGGGCACUGAUUCGAAACCCGGAAUUUCUCAUUUUGGAUGAAGCGACGAGUGCUUUGGAUGCGGAAAGUGAACGGGUAGUGCAAGACGCCUUGGAUCAAGCCUCAUUCGGUCGUGGCUGUCUCGUGAUCGCUCAUCGAUUGAGUACCAUUCAAAAUGCCGACAAAAUUGUGGUCAUCGAGAAGGGGAAAGUCGUAGAACAAGGAACUCACGGGGAAUUGUUGAUGUUACAUGGUGCAUAUUACCAUUUGGUCAAGCAUCAGAAUCGGAUU